AUGUCGACUGUUCCCUCGAAUAUAGAGGCUGCCCAGGCCGCCGGCCGGAUUCCGGCGGGCCUCAGCCUGAACUAUCUCGCCGAGUCGCGAGACCGGUCUGCCAAAAUCGCGAUACUCUUUGUCGGCUGCUUGACUAUCGUGGUCGUCGUUGCUAGGUGCUAUGCGAGAGUGUUCUUGGUCAAAAGCUUUGGAUUGGAUGAUGCGCUGGCCGCUUUCACCGUGGUGGGUUUGCUAUUUACUCCCUCGGACAAUGGAACAGGGAUCCUAAUCCUCCUUCGUUCGCAGCUCCUCUAUAUCGCAAUUCUCGCACUCUGUAUAAUCUUAAUUGACCUGGGUAGUGGCCGGCACAUUGAGUACAUUCAGUACAUCCUGAGCCUCCCGCAGGUCAAUCGGACAGAGGUACUCGACUUCGUCAUGCACCUUCUUUAUACAACCGCUCUAUUUGUGUGUCGUCUUUCGGGUCUCGCGUUCUACCAGCGUCUUGCAUCACAUCACUCUAAAAUAUCAGUAGCCAUCAAAGUCGCUACUGGAUUCCUCAUAAUCGCCUAUCUAGCUCAAAUCUUCCUUCUUAUCUUCCAUUGUGUUCCCGUUACCGGUCUCUGGCCAUACGUAUGGCAGCCGGAGCUCAAUGAAUACACCUGCAUCACCUGGGGAGAAGUGUAUUCGGUCAAUUCGGCCUUAUCGCUUACCUGCGAUCUGAUUAUGCUGGUAAUUCCAUUCAUGUUGAUAUACCUACUGCACGUAUCACGAAAGAGACGAUUCCAAUUAUCGCUCAUAUUAUUUCCUGGUGUUAUAGUGCUGGCCAUCUCUUCCGUUCGUAUAUACCUCGUGGUAGUCGGCCAGUGGGCCACGGACGGCAGUUGGGCUUAUAACCCCAUGCUGGCAAUUGAAACUUCUGAGAUCGGUGGGACGCUCAUCGCCCUAUCUAUUCCGGCUCUCAAACCACUUUUUGGAUCAUGGUUUGGCCAUGUCAAGUCAAGUACCAGUGGUCCAACUCCAAAGUCGAGUAGACCGGAGCAUAGUGGCUAUAGCCACAAUAUCUCCCGAGACUUGAAAAUGGGGCAGAAUGGGAAUACUGGAAGUAUUGAACUCAACUCGUACCAUGUGAAUAUUGCCGCCGGACGGAAGCACGCUGCUUCUACUCCGACGAUCAGUGUCAAAGAUGCGCUGGAAAAUGACGGGUCUUCGGAUGAUUUACUCUUAGAUGGAGACGUUCCCGACAGAGCCCAUUCGGCAUUUAGUAGUCGAAUUCAUGUGUCACAGGAGACGACUGUAUCGGCUGCAAAGGCGUCGGAUUUUGCUUGA